AUGUCAUGCCUUGCUUGUCCAUACAGCAUCCUCAACAACAACCAGCUCUCGGGCUCCAUUCCAACUUCCAUCUUCAACAUGACCAACCUCAGGUUCCUCUGGCUGGAUAACAACAACAUUGAGGGCCCUCUGCCAUCUGUCAUCUGCUCAAUUCCCUGGCUGUGGCGCAUCAUGGUAAGCAACAACCGCCUCUAUGGACCCCUUCCAGACUGCCUUUUCAACAAAUGUGUGAACCAAAUCGAUGUGAGCAACAACAGCCUGUACGGGCGCAUCAACCGCAACUUCAAGAACAUGGUGGCGGAUGGCGAUGCCCUCAUCAACUUGGGUCACAACUUCUUCUUCGGUGAUGCCGUGCUCUUUGCUGCCGGCUGCCAGGUCUGCCCCGUUGACAUCACCGAGCCCAACAUCCUGGACAUAGCGGAUACCAGUUCUGGCCAAGGGGCCGGGAAGUGCAUUAUUGGCAUAACAUCCAUGAAAGAUUACUCAGUUGCCGGGGCAGGCAAGGGUGCGAGGGUGAGUCUGUCAGGCAACUGCCUGAUGCUCAGCCCGGAUGCAGAUUGCCCUUCCAACGCCACCCAGCGCAGCACGGCAGCCUGCCAGGCGUUCUGCAGCAUCACGGACAACGGCCCGUGUGACGGCCAUGGGGAGUGUGUGCCGCCUGCACCCGCCUCCACCUCCACCUUCACCUGCCUCUUGUCCUCUCUGUCCACGGGCGCCAUAGUGGGCAUUGCUGUGGGCUGCUUUGCUGGCUCCACUCUACUGGCUGCUGUGGUUGCCUGGCUUCUGUGGCCCCGCCGACCAAAGAAGUGGGAGGGACUGGAUGUUUGUGAGCAGUUCUCGCUGCAGCAGAUGGUGAGGGCCACCAACAACUGGUCGGACGACAAUGUGCUGGGCAAGGGUGGCUUUGGCAUUGUCUACAAAGGCUGCUCGCCACACGGCCAGCUGUGGGCCAUCAAGCGCUCCAAAAUUAUGACCAACGACUUUGAGACGGAGGUGCGAGCAAUGGCUUCUCUCCACCACUCCCAUCUCGUUCGCCUGCUGGGCUUCUGUCUGGACCAAAACGUGGAGACGGGCAAGCAGGAGCAGAUCCUGGUGUACGAGUUUGUGGGCAACAGGGACCUCGAGUACCAUAUCUAUAAAACCAAAAGUCCCCUCUCGCUGCGUCAGAGGUUGCGCCUGGCACAGGGAGCAGCAGAGGGGCUGGCAUACCUGCACGGCUUUGGUGUCGUGCUCAUGGAGCUGCUCAGUGGAAUGUCACCUCAAGACACCAAUGAAUCUCACAUGAGAGAAUGGGCAAGAAAGAAGAUGGAGGCGUUUCAACUGGAUGAUCUCAAGGACAGCAGGAUGCCGGAGGUGAGCAGGGAGGCCGUUGUAGACAUUGCAGACCUGGCUCUGGACUGCAUGAAGUCGCCAGGCACACGGCGCCCCAGCAUGAAAGAGGUGGCAUACCGCCUCAAUGCGCUUAUUGAGAAGCACUGCCCUGACAAGGAGAAAGAGGAUGAUUCGGGGAGUCUCGGGGAAGAAGAGAGUGCAAGCAGCGGAGGCUUCUCGUCGAAGAACGUUUCUUCUAUGCUAUUUGGAGACGGUGGGAGGGAUUCUCAGAGGUCGACACUCUUGAGCAAUCCCGGCACAAGUGCCCUUUCUGAGAAAGGCUUUCUCCCUGCAGACGUCGCAGGUCUUCUCUCCAGUGCUGUGGCGCCCGGCUUCUCCACUUUAAAGUACCCCUUCCUCGCUGACAUCUGUGCUGCUCAGGCCUCUUUUGAGAAUUCUCAAAAGUGGCUUCUGAGACUUCUCAAAGACUUCCCCACUUUGAAGCACCUCUUCCUCGCUGGCAUCUGUGCUGCUCACGCCUCCGGCCCUCUGCCGCGGCCCAGGUUGGGUGCUGCAGUGCAGCUCCGUGAAGAGGCUUCUUUCCUCCUCCACUUCCUUGGCAGCUUGCAGCCCCUCCUCCAAGUUUUUGGAAAACCAGUCACUCAUCCCCUCUACUGCAAGUCUACGCUAUUCUCUACAGGUCCAAGGCAGUGGUUCAAGAAAGGCAUCUCAUGCUAG